AUGGCUCCGCACGCCGACCGCGACAUGGAGGUCACAGGAGUCACAGACACAACAGCGGUUGCCGUUCCUGAUCCCGUAGUCUCCAAGACAGUCAAGCAUCCCAUUUUCACAGUCGACGAUGUCUUCCCACAUCGGCAAGAAAAUGCAUCUGCGCUCAAGACUGGCGUGGCGGCGUUCUCAAGUGCCGACUUAUUCAAAUCAAAGGGUGCCUUCCGGAAACCAAAGGCGAAGCGAUUCGACCACCGGAUCAGUAUCGAGUCAGCCGCUCGGCAGCCGUCCUCACUCAAAGGCGCCAUGAAGUAUUUCCGACCAGACAUGAUCUCCCUAUGUGGCGGUCUACCAUCCAGCGACUACUUCCCCUUCGAGUCCAUGUCGGUCAAAGUACCCUCAGCGCCUCACUUCUCCGAGCCAGCCACUCGCGAGACCGGCAACACCCUCACAUCCGGCAAGCACGACAUCAACAAUGGCACGUCACAGUUCGACCUUUCUGUCGCCCUCAACUAUGGCCAAUCGAUGGGUCCGCCACAACUCAUGCGCUGGAUCACCGAGCACACCGAGAUCGUCCACGACCCGAAGUACUCUGACUGGGAUAUAUGCAUGACGUCUGGCUCAACCUCCGCCCUCGAAGUCGCCCUACGGCUCUUCUGCAACCGCGGCGACUACCUCAUUACGGAAGAGUACUCCUUCUCAUCCGCGAUGGAGACCGCCCGGCCCAUGGGCCUGCACCUCCUCGGCAUCUCAAUGGACGAGCGAGGCAUGCUCCCAUCCGCCCUCGACGAAGUCCUCUCAAACUGGGACGUCAAUGCACGGAAAGCGCCCAAACCCUUCGUCAUGUACACCGUCCCCACAGGACAAAACCCAACCGCCAGCACGCAAGACACAGAACGCCGAAAAGAGAUCUACGCCAUCGCCGAAAAGCAUGACCUCUACAUCCUCGAAGACGAGCCCUACUACUUCCUCCAAAUGGACCCGUACAUCCCAGGCCACACACACACCGUCCCCACACCGUUCUUUCCACCGACCACAGUCCCGCAAUUCCUCUCUGCUCUAAUUCCCUCCUUCCUCUCCCUCGACACCUCCGGCCGCGUCCUACGCCUCGACUCCUUCUCCAAAAUCCUCGCUCCCGGAUCACGCUGCGGCUGGGUCACAGGCCCCACGCAGAUCAUAGAGCGAUUCAUUCGCAACAACGAAGUCUCUUCACAGACGCCCUCUGGCUUCUCGGAGAUUGCACUCUACAAGCUCCUCGAGGAGAACUGGGGCCACAAGGGAUUCCUAGAGUGGCUCAUGUUCAUUCGCGCCGAGUACACCCGCCGCCGGGACGUGAUCGUCAACGCGUGCGAGCGGUACCUGCCUACAGAGGUCGCGAGCUGGACGCCGCCGAGGGCAGGCAUGUUCCAUUGGAUCGAGGUUGAUUUGAUGAAACAUCCGAAGUACCACAAGGGGAUCAAUCAAGAGGAGUUCCUGGCGAUCGAGGAGCAGGUCUUCCUGGCAGGUGUCGAGCGAGGCGUGCUACUGGCACGGGGCAGCUGGUUCAGAGCUGAGAGAGGCAGCGAUAAGGCACUUUUCAUGCGCACCACUUUCGCGGCGGCAAGCGAGGAGAAGAUCCAGGAGGGGAUCGAGCGCAUGGGAAGGGCGCUGAGGAGUGAAUUUGGGCUGGAACAGACGGACUCGGCGACUAAUGGUGUCACGAAUGGCAUUACGACGAAUGGUCACGGAGCAGUGGAACUCGUGAAUGAUCGGCAACCGGCUGCGAAUGAACAAGCCGGAGCCAGAAGUCACAGCAUACGGUGCUUGAACGCGCCUUUCUCAGCCAGGAUUGAGACGAUGAAAUUAUACGCCGCGUCCGUCCGCGAGCAAGUACCGCGUCAAGCAGCGAUUCAGACGCGCCUUUUCACACGGACCAGCAAACCAACCUGGCGAAAUCGAAUAACACAACGCGCAACUCGUGUUCGAUAG